AUGGCCAACGAUGAGCAAGACCACGACCAAGGCCACAGCAGCCAACCAUCUACUCCAGGCCCAGCUAACAACAGCAACGACGGGUCGCGCCCACAGACGGCCCAUCGCGUCUCACAUAGCGAUGACCUCCACGAGUCCACUGAGACAUCAGACAUGAUAGAUGAUACAGUCGCCGAUACUUCGCAAAUCCAGGGUCAAGAAUCAGAACCGACAGAGUCAAUCGAAGCGCCAUCUCCCCAUGAUAUUGCGAUAAACAUUGACGACACACAUGCAAAAACUCGAACCCCGACAAACUCCCACAGCAACCCCCCGACAACUCAUGAAGAGUCUAUGCUGCAACGCCCUGGACGUUCAGCCCCUGAAACUAGCUAUUUUGACGAUCUUACCCGUGCCCAUGACGAUUCAUUAACCGAGGAGGACGUUAGACGCCACCUGGGAGACGUGGAGUCUAGUUUUUUGCCUGCCCUGUCGCCUAUUCCCACUGCUCACACAAAUAAGGAGGGAGGUAUUGACGAUACGUUCCAGUUCGACUCACCCACGAAAAAGCCUGCCCCUCAGCCAAUUCAGCAACGGCAGCAAUCACAACAGCUGCAAUCGCCGCAAGAAUACGAGGAAGACCACGAUGUGACGAGCUCGUCUAUAAACACUUCUGGCUUCGAGAACUUUUCUUCACCUACCGCUGCGGCCACUAGGAGAACUAUUUCGCGCGCUGUUAGCAUGGCAAGCCAGCGGACACAGGAUCGCAGCGCAAACUACGACGAAAGCGAGAAUCAGGAGACCGAACAGGAGAGCUCACAAGUGUCUAGCACUGGCGAUAACGAUCCCCAUUUGUCGAGAACACAUUCGCAAUCCGAACAGGUUGAUGUCAGCAGCACGCAUGGACAAUCACAACGAAGCAAUCGACCCAAAUAUCUGCGCAGUCGCUUUGGAAGCCAGCGAUCGUCGACAUCGUCAUUCGCAACCAAUCCCGAAUCUCAUGAAGGCAGCGACAUGACUGUUGGUCUCGGCACUGAUUACGCUCUCCAAUCCGGAGGCGCCGUUCCCGCAAUGGGCAUGCUACGGAAUCCAAGCAACCCAAUGUUACGGUCCAUCAGCAUUGGAAGCAUGGGCAGUGUUGGGUCAGCCUUUGGCGCCGAGGACUACACUGACAACUCACUACCGCAACUCGAGCCGCUACCCGAAGUCGAUAGUCCCGAACGGCCGCGACAACAAGAUUUGCUCUCAACACCAAAGCCCUCUAAGGAAGGGUUCACCACAGCACCCACAGAUACCGUUAUCGCACGACAUGUUAGAAACGUCCAGGUACCGGAAUCUUUAGCUAAGGAGUACAAGUUCAAAGGUGGUCUGGAAACUCCCCAAAAGCCCGCUUCAAUUGCCAUGGGCUCAGUGAAUACGGCUAGAUCCGGUAGGAACUUGACACUGAAGGAGCAGAGCAGCACAAUUGAACGGCUGUCCAAGGAGAACUUCGAUCUCAAGCUCAAAGUUAUGUUCUUGAGCGAUCGCCUUGACAAGCUCUCAGAAGAGGGUAUCAAAGAAAUGAUCUCGGAAAAUGUCGACCUUAAAACUGGCCUUGCUGUGUUACAGCGCGACAAUAAGGUUCUGCGAAGGAGGGUCAAAGAGUUGGAGAAGCAAGUGAGGGACGAAGGGGAGCGACCAAGCACAGCGCACAGUGGUGCAUCAUCGACGGACCAGACGGCCCGAAUGGGAGAGGAGGAGGCUCAAGAGCGGGAGGAAGAGCUUAUUUUCCUGCGGGAGCGCGUCGAAGAAUACGCUACCGAAAUCGAGCGGCUACGGUCGGAAAGCUUAACCAAAGAGAAUGAGAGGCGCAAGUUUGCAGACAUCGUCAGGUCGCUAGGCGAACGCUCGAGCGACAACAUGGAGCGACAAGAGGAGGCUGAUGUAUGGAAAGACCUCCUCGAGCAAGAAACCGCCCGCAGGGAACAGGCCGACGAUGAGAAUAAAAGGCUAAGAGAGGAGGUAUUUAAGCUCAAGCAGGACUUGUCUGGUGGACAGGGAGGCAUGCAUCACACAACGAACAUCUACAACAUCACCAAAAAGCACCGGGAUGGCACCAUGUCGGAAGGUCGACCUAUAUCUGGUCUAUCGGGCGAUAUGGAGAGUUCAAACGGCAACUUCAGCUCGGCUACUACCCUUGUUGACGAACUGCGUCGAGAGAGCGAGCAACUACGUCAUGAGAACGCCGAACUAAGACGUGAGGUUGGUGCGCAGACAUCCAUGCUGACCUCGAGGAACCGUGAGAAGGAGCGCCUCUACCAGGAGAUUGAGGAUCUCAAAAUGGCUCAGCGACGAGGUCGGCCAGCUCCCUCAACCAUUGAUAGUCUUCUUGAACGAUCAGCUUCGCAGGUUGGCGGCGGCGAUAGGCCCCAGUCUCGCGGAAGCUUCAAGACACGGACACAGAUUGAGGAGGAAGCCGAACGAGAGGAGUUUGAGAAUAAGAUGGCCGAGAUGCGCGACAAGAUCAGCGAGGUAAAGCUGCAGAAUCAAGAGCUGCAGCGCGAACUUGAGAUCUGCAUGGAGGACUUUGAGACGGCUGUGGACGGUAAGCGACAAGCUGAAGAUGCAGCGUUAGCACUCCAGGAGGAUCUCAACAAUGCCAUGAAUGAUCUUGUCGCCCUGCAAUCUGAACGUGACGAAGCGCUCCGCGAGCAAAGCGAGAUGGAGAACGAAUUCGAGUCACUAAGGAAGGAGGCACAAGAAGAGAUUGAUGCGUUGGAAGCAGAAGCCGAUCAACAAGCCGAAGAGAUGCAGCGAGUGCAGGCUGAUCUUCAAGACCGCUCAGAAAACUUUGACGCCUUACAGGAAGAGAUGCGCAAGAUGAGCGAGGCCUUGAUACGACUUGAAGAUGAUCAGGAGAACAAGCUACGACGAAUCCAGCAGCUCGAGCAGGAGUUGGACUCGUCCAACAAGGAGCUUGAAGAUUUGGAGCAGAAGCUCAUGGAAUCCAACGAUAAAAACCAGCGACUCUCUGUGCAGCAGGAAUCCUCUCAGGGAGAGAUUGCAUUCUUACGGGAAGAGCAGGAAACCGACAAGAUUCGGAUUGGAGACCUCGAAGCUGCCGUUGCCAACGCUGAGCAGAGCAUACGUGAAGAAAAGGAACGAGUUAAGGAAUUGGACAACCGUCUGCAGCAAGAACGACACCAGCGGGAGAUUGUGGCGGAUCAAGAGAAGGAAGAGGUACAGCAGUUCGUUAACGAGCUUAACCGGGAGGCUUCAGCAGCCAAGGACGAGGCUCGUCGUCUACGUAAGAACCUGACAUCGAGGGAGGUUGAGGCGACGGAGUGGAAGGAGAGGCUGAUGGAGCUUGAGAAUAACCUUCGUGAAGCUCUGGGUGAUCUCAACGGUACCCGAUCUUCUCUCCUCAAGUCCAUUGCCAAGUUACAACGCGAGCUUGAGAACACAAUUCGAGAUCUCGACGCCAGCAAGGCAGCGCUGGUGGAGAAGGAUCGUAUUAUCAAGCAACGUGACUCUCUGCUCGAGUCGCAUGCUCUGGAAAGCCGCAAACUCGCUGAGCUACUCGACAAGGAGCGUCUCGCUCAUCGAAACACAAAGUCGCAAUAUGACACGUUCCAGAAGUCACAUCAGCAUCUUACCCGCACUGCGAGCAGUCAGGAUGUCCGCAUUGCUGAGUUGGAGACCAACAAGAGUCAGGACCGCAGGAGGAUUGCUGUGCUCGAACAGACAGCCCGCGAUCAAUUACAAGAACGCAAUGAGCUGUUGCUGCAACUGUGGCAUAAGCUUAGCCAUCUGUGUGGCAGGGAGUGGGUUAACGGCAACUCACUCAUCGACCGUCAAGUCCUGCCAUCGGUUGAGGUCAUUGCCAACCGAUUGCCCAGUUUCUCAAAGAACCUGUUGGCUGCUAUCAAGGCCAUCGAGAACAUGGUCGGAUCAUUCGAGACGCGCAUCAAGUCCGUGGAACGAGAUCUACACCGGGAGUAUCAGACUCUUGAGAGCAAUCUUGAAGUGCGCACCAAGAAGCUGGAUCGACUGGAAACUAUGGUUAGGAACUCCAUCUCUUCGGGCUCGUUAAGUCACGAUUCUCGAUACAACCGUCUGGAAGAGGCCUACCGCCAACUCAAGGUUGAGAACACUACUCUACGCACAGCUAAUGACGUGCGAGCGCGCGCAGCCUAUUCUUCAAGAGACAGUUCGGAUGCUCUUGUCCCCCACUCACCAUCACCUUCCGUUCCUCGCGGUCCCGGCGAACAAGGCCGCGAUCGCACCAGCCGCUCCAAAUCACGUUCCUCCACUUUGACAAGAGCACAUACAACAACCGCUCUACCAGGCUCUUCGGCAGGUGGCCUAGGUCUACGAGACAUGACCGCCCUGAACGAAGAGAACAACAAUGGUAGCGGGGGUGCCAACAAUGACAACAGAUGGCUCUUCCGCCUCCGCGACAUGGAAUACAAGCUCAAGAUGGAGCGCGAAGGACGAAACCAAGAUCGGCAUGCCGCAAGGCAACGACUAGGUGGUCUAGAGAUGGAGAACAGGGAUUUGAAAGAGCGGAUGAAGAGGGCUUUAGGGGAUAUCGAUUAA